AUGUGGAAGAGUGGUGGACCGCCGGCUGGUUUUCCCGCUUAUGCAGGAGCACCAGGAGGCUAUGGUGGUUAUGGUGCACCAGGUUACGGUGGUUAUGGAGGUUAUGGUUAUAUGGAUACUCAAAGCCCACUGGACGCAGAGAUCCAGGUUCUAAUUCGGGAGAUCCAUAAUGAACAGCAAUUGAUGGAACAAGGUGGAGAAUGGGGCGAGCAGUUUAAAAAUGCUAAGCGUUUGUUAGCUGCUGAAGCAGAUAAGUUAGAAAAUUCUAUUGAUCCAGAGUGGCUCGAAGUUGAUAUUGCGAAACCAAUUAAAGUUUCUAAAAAGGUGCUGAUACCAAACUUCAGGCACCCACAUUUCAAUUUUGUGGGCAAAAUUUUGGGACCAAAAGGUUCAACUUUACAGGCAAUGGCUAAACAAUUCAAAUGCCACAUUUACGUACUUGGUCGUGGUUCUACCAAAGAUCGAGCAAAGGAACAAGAAUUGUUGCAAAGUGGUGAUCCUCAGUAUGCCCAUUAUGGUGGACCACUUCACGUAAAGGUUGAGACAAUAGCUCCAGCACAUGUCGCAUAUCAGCGAAUAGCAGGUGUAUUGGAACAGCUGUCUACGACAUUGCAGCCUGCAAGUAAGAGUGGCAAAAUGGUUUUUUAG